AGCUCACAUUGCAAAAGAUAAACAUCUUCGGGGACUUACAUUAUUUAUACCACUAUGCCAGCCAAGUGCAGGGAUCGCGAGCGCGUAGCAUCUUCAGGCGUGGUGGACAUACCUGCUCUCCCUGUUGGCGCAAUUCGAGGCAACCUUUGCUUUCGCUGCUUCAGCCCUUCUGACGACAUCUUGAAGUGCUCAGGUUGCAAGCGGGCAUACUAUUGCUCUGCAAAGUGCCAGAAGCUUGAUUGGAAGCUCAUGCACAAAAAGCAUUGCGCGAUCUUCACAACCAUCAAUAAUGUCGAAGAAGAGAAAUACCAGGCAUCCAGAACAUGGAACGAAUAUCGUGAAUUUCUAUUGAUGAUGGUUCGCGUGAUCCGAAAUGCAGCACCCAAAGAUGAGGAUUUGCGCCACAUUAUCCAAGCGCAAGCUUACUGUGCUACUUGUCGCCGGAGUGCAGUACAACUCGCAAGCCGCAAAAUUACUCUGAAUCGUUGCAAAGACUGUCGUCUAGUAUUCUCAUGCGCUGACUGCUCGCCUACGCCUGAACAUUCAGCCUCGAUAUGUGCAGCAUUCCAAAACUUCCGUCGCAUUGAAAACUUCCGUAUCAAUUUCUUCGAAGAUACCGGCAAAGCAACGCCGAUCACGUGCACCCAGUUCCCGCGUGAAACCCACAAGCCCCUCGCAAAUGCUACCGGAUGGUUCGAUUACUACACGAAAAUUUCUGAUAAACAACAGAUAGAAGGGAGAUUCAAACGCGACUUCAGCAGUGUCGAGGAAGACUUUGACAGAAAUGGAUCGGACAACGAAAAAGACGAAGCAGAGCGCAUGCUCAUGUUUCUUUUGUACUCCACCGACAGCCUCACCAUGCCGCUAACAAUCAUAUCCGCCCUCGAAGACCUCAGUUGGGACAGACCGCAUCUCACUAUACACAUGUUGGGCGCUACGGAUCGAGAACUCACCGCUUUAGCGAACUUCGAAGAGCUGUUACAUCUGAUGCCGAGCGUCAAAAGUCUACACAUUACGGCCAUUGGUCCUGGCAUACCAGGUCCAGUCAAUGGUACAGUUAUUGCCAAGCAGAGCCUCGACUGCUGCCCGCCUUGCAAGGUGGAUGGCCGACAGCGUUCUAUAUCGCUAUACAAGGGCGUAUACCAUGAAUUUGUUCUGGAACCCACAUCUGAAAAGCCUGAUCUGGUCGUGCUGUUCAACAGUGGGUGGAUUGAUGGGGAUGAUACGAAGUCACACUGGGAACCGACCAUCAAGGCUUUGAUCGAUGAAAAGGUGCCAGCGCUCUUCACGACGUACAAUUUCGAAGAAGCCCAGCAUGAGCAAAAGCGGUUCAAGGAGCUAGGAGCGAGAUUUGUGACAGAAGUUGGCGAAAACAAGUGGAGAGGCUUGGUGCCUACGCCCGAAUUUAUUGAUGAAGAGAACGGCAUGUGGUUCAACAAUGCCUACAGAUACGUCGUUCAAGGUAAACAGUAGCACACUGGAUUCCAUACAUGUGAUAGCUUAACACGAAGGAAAUGAAUACAUUGCAU